AUGGUGGUGAAAAAGGAGAGUGAAGUACUUGAGGCAAUGCAAGAUGAAGAUCGGUUUAAGAAAGAGUGUGAUUUCAUAACUGGACAAAAAUCAAUUAGUUGCUCUCAGACAGAAAAGACUUUCUCAAGAAAAAGAUCUCAAAAGAAUUAUACCUGCCAGCACUGUGGAAAGAGUUUCAGUCAACAUGGAAACUCUAAAGUCCAUAUGAGAGUUCACACUGGAGAGAAGCCUUAUACAUGCCAACAAUGUGGAAAACAAUUCAGUGAACAUGGAAACCUUAAAGCCCACAUGAGGAUUCACACUGGAGAGAAGCUUUUCACCUGCCAACAGUUUGGAAAAUGUUUCACUAAAAAUGCAACCCUCAAAAGCCACAUGAACGUUCACACAGGUGAGAAACCUUACACGCGCCUUCUGUGUGGAAGCAUUAAAAGGCACAUGAAAACUCACACUGGAGAGAAGCCGUACAUCUGCAAACUGUGUGGAAGGAGCUUUACAGCAAAACGAAACCGUGAGUAUCACGUGAACAGUCACACUGGCAAGAAGCCAUUUUCAUGUGAUCAGUGUGGAAAGAAUUUCAGACAUAAAGGGACUGUUAAAAAGCACAUGAUAGUUCACAUAGCUCUCUCAAUUUGUCAUCAGUGUGGAAUGAGUUUCUCAGACAGUGAUCACCUUCAAAAUCACGUAACAUCUCACAUUAGAGGGAAGCCUUUCAUGUGUAAUCACUGUGGAAAGACUUGCUCAAACAAGACAAACCUAAAGAUUCACAUGAGAAUUCAUACUGGACAGAAGGCUUUCACCUGCCCUCGGUGUGGAAAGAGUUUCAGAUUCAGAGGAAACCUUCGGACUCACAUGAAAGUUCACACUGGAGAAAAGCCUUACACCUGCCCUCCAUGUGGAAAGAGUUUAACACUUAAAGGAAACCUUAACACUCACAUGAGGCUUCACACUGGGGAGAGACCUUUCACAUGUCUCGAGUGCGACAUGAGUUUCACAUAUCAGAGAAGCCUGAAAGAGCAUAUGCAAACUCAUUCUGGAAAAACACUGACAUGUUCCUCAGUAUGA